CAAGGAAAAUUUAUUAAGUAUCUUCGUGUCUUCGGCGCUCAAAGCGCAGGGCUCCUGAAGCAGGAAGCCAUCUAAAUCUAAAUCUUUCCGUUUACGAACAACAUCUACCACGCAAGCGCAACAAGCAAAAUGAGACCACUCCUUUCGCCAUUGCUCUGGUUGCUGACCAGCAAAGCAUGCUGGGAGGUCGAUGCUGCUAAAACGCCUCAGAAGAUUGCGCCACCGCCUUCUGGACUAGACGAAAUCGGAUCUGUGCUUCUCAAGCAGCUAAGCCGUGUCGCGGAUGAACAUUUUUGGUACAACAAUGAAUUUCAACAGAAAAAUAAUCAAAACCCACUGUGCAUACCCGUCCAAGGAACACUAGUUACUUUUACAUCAAGGGGAACAACUUUUAACGAUUAUCACGGAUCCUACUUAGUUUGGCCAUUACUAUACUUCUGUAAUUGUAUACCCUUUGCCUAACCUUACCUUUUUCUAGUUAGCUUGGCUCCACCCGUACUAUAUACUUUUUCAUGAAUGUUGCGUGACCCUGAGUAACUGUAACUUAGAGUAGUUGUAGUUUUCCGUUAUAGUGUUCUGAGUUUGUAUUUCAUCAUCUUCAGCAUUUGCGUCGAUUGUUCCUUCCAAAAGAUCAGGCUCUACUAAGACUCGGCUCACCCAGCCAGGAAGGACCAUCAGUUUUCAUUCGUAACUUACUACUACGGUUUUUAUCUCCCAGUAGUUGUUACGCAAAUGGAGCAUUGUCACCUUCAUUUACCAUUUUUUUACAGUCUGUCAUUGCCAUCCUCAACAUUACCCUAACAGGAAAAUCGAGGCUGCUGUUGUUUCCGGUAACAUCGACGCCCGCGUCCUCGACUUGAAUAUGCAGCAUGGUGCCAGCCAAGCAGAAUUGUUUCAGUUAAGGCUUUUCAACAUUUAUAAUUGACUCAUCGCUAUCGAAUACCAAGCAAUAGUUCGAUUAGUAUCAAGUCUUCAUCCAGAAUUAAUCGAUCGAGUUUGAGUUGUUUCUUCAAAAGACCCAAAUUCACGACAUUUCUAAUCCUCCGCUUCGUAUACCUUAUCGGUGAGAAAGGUUUUGCAAAGAACCGAUUGGAAAAGGUCUUAGCGAUGGAGGAGUGUCUGCAGCAACGCACUGAAUUGCGUGGCCACAGUUGGGCUGAAGUGGCGGCUUCUGAGCGCAGCUCUUCAACUACUAUGUCGACGCAAGAAACUUCUACGCAUUCUAGUGGUGCUGGUGCUUUCUCGACAUCUACUGGUUCUUCUGGAGAAAAAAGCAAGCAAACAACUCGUACGCGCAAGCGUGGUGACGAAGCACGACAGAAGCUCAAAGAUGAAGAAAAUCAGGAUCGCACUCUUUGUUUGGUCAAGGGCCUCUUGGAUAGGGUCAACGAAUUCCUCGUAAAUCCUUCUGGCCUAAAACGAACGGAACUAGCUGCGAUGAAAGCCUUCUUUCUGGAAGCGUUGCCUUGGGAAGCAGCUAAUAUUCCAAACUUCAGUCGUAUUGCUUACGUAGCUCCCGCAGCUUCGUCCGGAGAAACUACCACAACAGCGUCGAUUACGAGUAGUCCUACUUCACUUUCUGCCACUUCCUCCUCAACGACUGCUGCUGCUGCUGCUGUUGUCGCACCAGUGCCCAAAGUCAAAGGCAUCAAGAUCCGAGGGUCACCAUCUGCGAAAGCCAAAAGUACAUCUUCGAAGACCUCUCCUCCUCCGAAAGUGCGUGUUCCGAUCAUGGCUAUCCAGACCAAACUUCUUCUGCUCUUCCUACGUCAUGGUUUGAUGCGUGGAUUGAGCUUUGAUUGCGAUGGAACCUUGAUCCACUCUAUGGAGUGGUACUGGUACACGUGGGACCGUGGCUUCCGAGUCGAUGUGCCUACGCGGAACGACGAAACCAAGAUACUGCAGGACUUCGAGAUUCCCUCACAGCACCGAUUCACCUACGACUCCUUCAUGCGCAUCUACGGAGGACAAGCGCCAGACCGAAUUUUGCGUAGUUUGGUCGACCAUACGACUCUUUCCUCACGCCAGAAAGAAGCGGUGGUUCACUACAUCAACGACAAGAACUACGUGGACAUCAAAAAUCGUUUGCCGAAGGAGUACAAGUUGAUGCCUGCGGCAAAAUCGCAUGGCUUGGACAGGAUGGAGACGAAGGUAAUGGGUACUCGUCCGAUCGAGAUUCCGGUGGUCACUAACGUAGCUCGUUGGAUUGAUACGGAGUACAACGCCGCCACAGGACUUGAUAUUCGCCUGGCAGUUGCCUCCAGUUCCGAUCGUGCUUCUUUGAUCACCCACUUGAGUCAUAUUGGUUUGCUGAAACAUCUUGACGUGUUGGUUGGUAUCCACAAGUCUGAAAAACAUGUUUUGGAGGUCUUGUUCCCUGAGUCGCACCAUGGACAUCAGGGUCUGCAACUCCAAUUACAAGAGUCGAACGCUCUAUCUUUCCUGCACAAAAGCAAGUUCAACCAAUUCCUACAACGGAGCGCGACACAAUCUUCCUUCCUGCAGGGUGCAAUGCUGAGCACAGUUGGUAGUGGUGCGGCUUCUGGUUCAUCGAGAUCGAUUUCGACAAGGACACGAUCUUCUUCUUCAGCUUCAGCUGGUUCUUCUUCUAGAAGUGGGUUCAUGUCGUCUCCGUCCUCUUCGGCUAUUACGCAGGGAAAUUCUGCUGUUGACCCUUGGAACCUUGCAGCGGCAUCUUGGUCUUCUCUCUUAUCUCGCUUCCCUGGUAACGUCUGGCGUCAGGUGAGCCGGACUCCCGAUGGCUGGGCCUUGGAGUUGGAACGUGAUCACGAUGUCAGCAAACCCAGUUCAGAACUCUUCGCCACUGCUGCUCAACUGAUGGGAGAACACCCUAAAACUUUGAUGGGUUUUGAAGACGCAGUCAACGGCAUCGAAUCACUCCAAGGCGCUGACUAUUCCUUGAUCUUAGACGUCACGACUUGGCGUGAGCACCCAGAUGUGCGCGCUUUCGUCUUUCACUUGUCUGCUAAGACUGAGGAAAAUGAUCGUCGUGAAUUGCUCUCUUCUGUCAUGGAGAUCAUUCGUUUGUACGAUGGCUUCCACGUUUUGGGUCUGGUUUCGGAGCUUGGACGUAGAGCUACGGUGGCAGAACUGGCCAGGUUGGAAAAUGCUAAGGGGGUGACUUUGCAUAACCGCUUCGGCAAAGCCCAGAGAUUGCAGGACUUCUUCACGCGCAUCGUGACCCUUGGCCCGGAUCCGGCUGCCAUGCUGGAACUUCCAUUUUUCUGGUUUGAUGAGACGAGCAGUGCGUCUGAUCCGCAUUUGGCUACAGAAAGAGAAAGAGUGGAAAAAGCGAUGCUGGAGGCUUCCAGUACUAGGUCUUCUACCUCUACUACUGCAGGACCUUCAUCUUCUACUACGAUCACUCGUGGUUCAUCUCAACGUGGUCAGGUGGAUCCUACAACUCGUGCUUGCAUUAUCGAGAUGCUCUUUCGCCAGAUCACUCAUGAUCAACCUGUAGAUGUCUCGGUUCAUCACUUGAUCACUGCUUACGGUUCGGGUGCCCAAGGAGCACACACCUCGUGCUUAGCCGUCGACCGCGAGGCGCCUGCCAUCAAGGGGAAACUUGUGAAAGUCUGGGAAAAUCCAAAUCUCGCGAAGUGGCAGAUUACCGCGGAUAAGUGCGUCGCUUUCGUCGACUCGGAUGCUGGAGUAAGAGCUAGUAGUGGUGCGGAAUACAAAAAGAUCAUCGAUCUACGUCAGGAUCAGUUGUACCUUUCAUCAUCUGUUGGUCCUUCUGGUGCUACUGCGUUUUCUUCGAUGCAGCAGAGUUCCUCGGCUUCCAGUACUAUCACAGGUUCCACUGCUGUCGUGGCCGCGACUAGUUGUACUGCCAAUCUUGCUCAACAAGAAGAAGAGUCUACUUUUUCUUCUUCCUCCAUCGUGGAAAAAAACGGUGCAACCAAACUCCUUGAUGAUCUCCGCACCGAGGUUUCUGGUCAACUCUCUGCCACUGACAAGAGUCGUCGCGUCCUCGUUUUUGACAUGGAUGGGACGCUUUUUGAUUCCAUGCCUGUCUACUAUGGGUACAUGAAACCAGUCCUGCAGCGCUACCAAUUCCAAUAUCCUACGGAAGCCGAAUUUCUGCGAGAACUCGCAGGAAUGACUCCGGAAGAUAUUUGGCAGAAGGUAUAGUACUCUUCUAAGAUUGAUAUUACUUCUAAAAAAGUGCACACCUGGACGAGUUGAGCUUGAGUUUAUUAUACCUAUACAGAGAAAGCACUACUGAAUAGAAGAGUCUUUGAGGCUUUGUGCUGAAGCUGAUGAAAUUUUGUGUACUUCGAUAUAACAUCACGCGAAAGAGCACCGUCGUCGUCAAAUCUGUUUCGUCUUGCAUACCCUUAUUCAGAAUCUGAUACUCGUCGUUCCUUUUCCACACCACAGAUACUGGACAAAAACAGCCACGUGAUCAUCGAAAACAAGCUCAUUGGCCUCACCGCAGAGUCCCUGUUCGAAGAGGAGAAGAAAGCCGCAAAGUCCCUGAUCAAGCAGGUGGAUGAAAAUGCCUCAGCUGCUGCCGCCAAGAUCCACUCUGUGAUCGACAAAUUCGUGGCUGCCAGACAGAAAUUGCCAGGUCCUCGUGCUGCAGUCCCCUCUCCUGGGUUGGCUAUCGCAACUUCGAGUCCGCGUGCCAAAGCAGAGGCACAUUUGAGAGCGCAUGACUUGGCUCAGGAUGUUUUCGAGAUGAUUGUGGGUGGCGACGAUCCAGAAGUUCUGUUCCGUGUUGGUCAGUUGGAACGCGGUAAAGGUCAGCCGGUGACCCCAUCCGAAAAAAAGGAGAUUUUGUUCCGCGUAGCCGCUGAAAGAAUGCGCGCUGAUGUCAGUCAGUGUGUGGCAUUCGAAGACGCCAUUGUGGGAUUGGAAGGAGCUUUUAGAGCUGGGUACUAUUGUAAGUCUGUACAUGAUCAUUUGUCUUUGUUGGAUUGGAAGGAGCCUUUAAAGCUGGGCAAUAUUCAUCUUCAACUAGUACAAAUAGCACUAGGUGGAAAUAGUCUACUUACUCAAUUGGUAUAAUCUAAGCUAGUACAACAACAGAGCUCUUGCACGGAUGGUUGCAGGUUCCACUCUCGGAACAUCGUUACCUUUCAAUCAUGUUUGCCACGUCAUCGCUUCCGAAUGCACUAUUUAUUAGACCAAAUUAAUGUAUCCGAAUGCUCCAAAUCGAUCCCCAGAUACCCAACCCUGAUCGAUGUGCGCAACGACGCUGCCUAUCCGCAUUACGAGACGUUCAAACCCGUUUUUGCUGCCGAAUACAAAGGUCUGGUUGAACGGCUGACGCGCUUCGUGACCCAGAAAGGCGAACUCGAGGGAGAAGAUUCUCCUCGCUACCGACAGCGUGUGAAGCAACUCGAAGGGGCAAAGGGGAUGUUCCUCCUUUGAGGAUAUGAUUAAGGUGGUGAUGAAAAUGAACAAGAAGAUGGUGGAGUGAUGAUACAAACAAGUUUUCAAUACUAGGAUCAUGAGAUAGUUACAAGUAGAGAAGAUAUGUCAGGGGAUUAUGAACGCACGCGAAGCAAAAAUCAAUGAUUGUAACGAAAGGUUGGCACGAUGGAGAUGUAACAACGCUAUUGGGGUUGCGUGGGGUGGUAGUUUCUAAUCGCAAGACAACAUAGUAAAUAGUUCGAAGUUCUACUUACACAUAGACACGACAAGGCCGUGGUCGUAUUAUCGUAGUUGUUGAAAAAGGAAGCUGAUGUUCCUAAAAGAUAACCUGAGAGUGACAUGGACGACAUUCAGGAGAAUGAUGAAUACUUAGAUGAAGUUUCUCGCUAGUGGAAGUCAAGUGGUCUUAUUUUCUGCGUUUCUAGUUUCUUGGUUUUGAGGUAAAAUUUUGAAGAUCUUCACUAUUAUGUUGUGUAGCGCUAGAAUUGGGUUUCGCAAAAGCCGUUUCUGAACUUUGUUGUAACUUCGAGAAUUUAGUUUUUAUUGCGUCGGAAAGUAUCUCGAUAAUGUUUGAAGUGUGGCGAGUAUCUAUGCAGUUUUUCUGAUGCUAUUAGUGCACUCCGACUUAUUGGUUCUGAGCUGCAUUGCCGGACCCGAACCGCGAAAAUGAAUGAAUGAAAGAAACAGAUUCUUAACUCUUGAAAGCAGAAUGUGAAACACUAGUUUCUUCUAUUGCGUGACGCAUACUUGUUUUGUGAUUGUGCUUACGCUUGGGCAAAAUAGCUGACACGUGGUUACCGUCAAAUGCGAGUGGAGGAGGGUUUGGUGUUGGU